AUGAAGGGAUCCUCAGGGCCUGUAGAGCCGAAUGGGUUAUCCGAUCAAGUGAAUCAUUCGUUAAAUUCAGAGGUGCAUGGAACGACGUCCAUGGUUCAAUCAGAUCAUGUAACUCAUCCUAAUAACAUUCCCUCAACUUCAAAGGGUCUAACUAUUCGGAUUGAUGGAGGUGAGGUGUCAAUUCUUUUUGAUUUAAUCUUUAUGUUGUUUAUGGAUAACAUAAUUUUUUAGAUGCUGAUGAUUUUGACGAUGCUUUUGAUAAUGGCGAAGUCUUUAAUUGUCAAAAUUGCCGUUUAACGAUGGAAAAUGCUUUCAAGGCGCAUGCCGCAGUUGCAGAAAUGGCAAAAAAGAUCUCUAAGUUUUCCGAAAUGGAAGAUGUAAGUAUCGUUAGUGAUAUUUUUAUUGUUUUUAGGAAUUACGACAAAUGAGUAGGAUGUUAGAGGAUAGACAAUCUUUCGUCAUCGAACAGAAGGAGAAGUUAGAUCAGGCGGCGAAGAAGGAAUAUGAGAUGAUGGAACAGCUUAGGUUGGCCGAAGAAAGGGUUGAAAACUUCAGAUGUCAGGCCGAUUUGGCUAGAGGCGAAGCUCAGACCGCAAAGGUAAGGUACUACUUGUUUGAUUAUGACUUUGAAAAUCCGUGUAUACUUGAUGUUGUUUCUAAUUCAGGAAUUGGUUGAAAGAGCGACAGAAAAUCAAAAGAAACUGGACGAACUUCAGAAAGUCGUUAAUGAAAUGAGUGCCAAGCAUCAAGAAACAACUAUGAGACUUUACAGCAUGGCAAAGUUGGCAGCUGUAAGUUUUCAUUUUUGAUUUGUAUCUUUGUCUUAGGGACUAAAAGAGGAGAGAGAUCAACUGAGGGAGAAGUUGGCUAAUAGCACGCCGUUUGUUCAUCCAAUGGUGUUAGAUUCUCCGGUGAAGACAAGAGCAAGGCGAAGGACACAAACCGAUCAUUCGAUAGUUCCAUCUGUCAGUACUGAUGAUGAGGAUUUGGAUAUUUCGAUUGGUGCGAUCGAGCCAAAUGAUGCUAUAGAAGAGCCGCCUGAAAUACUUGAAGAACCAAGGUUUUUAAUGAACGAAUAUAGGAAUCCAGUUGGAAUCGUAAUUGAAGAAGCCGCUAAUACAAAUGAAAAGAGGAAUGUUGAAGUUGAAAAACCGAAGAGAGUUCGUCGAGAAAGGAAAAGUCGCCGUAAAGGAUCAGUUCAUACGGGUGAUUCGACAAGUACUAAAAAGCCAGAAUCAAUUCAGUUUAAUCCUGCUGUAGGAAUUGAAGUGGGGCAAGCAUAUGAGUCAAGGAGCAAUAUGUUAAUCGAAGAAGCUUCAUCUACGAAAGUAAAACGGAGGUUAGAAGAACCGAAGAAGGUGCGUCGAAGUAGUCGUUUGGACAAAUCAAUCGAAAUCGAGGAACCUACAACUGCCAAAACGGUGGAAUCAAGAAAUACGAAUACCGUAGCAGCGGUUGAAAUGAAACAGCGAUGUGUUUCAGAAUCAAGUGCUGUAACUGAAGAAGCAUCUACUACGAUUGGGGGAAAACCAUUUGAAGAUGAAGAACUGAAGAAAGUGCGUCACGGAAGGAGAGGUCGCUCGGAAAAAGCAAGCGAAAUUCAUGAAUCUACAAGUCCUAAAAAUAUAGACACAAAUGAGAUUAAUGAUGUCUUAAGUACUGAAACUGAACAGCUAGUUCAUGAAGAAUCAACCGUCGAAAUUGAGGAAUUAAAACUUGGAGUUGAAUUAGAAAAAUGUGCUCUGGAGAUUGAAGAAUCGCAUCCUGAAGUGACUGAGUCCACUGUUGAGCAUACAGAAUCAGUUGUGGAAACAGAAGAAUCGUGCCUUGCCGUUGUUGACGAAGAAACUUUACAAAUCGCGGAAUCUCCGACGACGGUGAUGUCGGUCGAAGAAGCAGCAAUGGAGGGUUUUGAACCAGAAGCUGAUGAUUUUGAUUUGUCAAUCAACGACUUGGUUAUUGACGAAGGCACUGAUCUUGUUAUUGAAGGUGAGUAAUGUCAGCUCAAGUUUGUAUUAUUUUUAAGAGGAGGAAGAAGCGCCGGCACCCGAACCGUCAACCUCGACGACAGCUUCUUUAUCAUCAAUAAACAAUCUUCAUUCCCAGAAGCCAUCAACUUCUCAAACGGAGCCAAAGGUUGCGACGAUCACCAUUGAAAAUUAUCUUCCGCAACCUAAAUUGAUACGACUUCAGCCGCAGCAAAUCAAAGAAGCUGAAAAACGAAGAACAGUAUCAAAGACUCGGUCGCCUCCAAAAAUACCGACGAAUUUCUCAGAACCACCAAAGAAGAGGAGCAGGAGAAAUUCAACUAGAUUGACCGGUCCGUUUUCCAUCCUCCCGGUUCCAAUUUCACAGGCCUUGAAGUCAAAGGGGCCACCGACAUCAAGAGUUGUGCCUCCUGGAGUGGAACGACUACCUCCUUUAUUCAUUGACAUGCCUUCCGAAAUCGACGAGAUCUUCAAUUGUUCCUUCCUGUCAUCCUUUUCAUCAUUUCCAUUAAUCGAUAACAUCGACAAAGCCAUAUCCGAGAGGACAGUUGGCAAUCGAAACAAGGGGAAGAAAACAGGAACGGCGAAGCCGAGAGGAAAGACUCUUCAGCAACGCGUCGUCAAGCUCCUACCUCAUUCUUCAACUGCAAGGUAAUGUCUUUCGAUGAAUGAAUGUCUUGGUUAUCAAUUUUUUGCAUCUACUAAUUUUGAUCCUUUCAGGGUACAAACACGACAGUCGACUCGGAAGAGCAUGGAAGCUAAUCCAGAACCGGCUCAGAAUGUCGAAACAGUCUCAGCACCCAAUGACAAAAAGAAAACUCCCUCAAAACGUGGUCGAAAAAGAUGA